UUGUUUGUUAGGGAAACAGCAAAGUUAAUAAAAUAGCUUCUUACAAAGAAGGGUCUAAGCUUUUUCAUAUCCAUUGUAAUUUUGGCAAUUAAUAUUUAAGAUCUUUGCCAAUUACAUGAAAAUGGGAAACCAGAGUUACUUCAAGGUUUUAAUUAUUUGUCUUAUAGCAAUAAUUGGAUCAACUCAUGCUCAAUUGCAGCCAGGUUUCUAUGCUAAAAGCUGCCCAAAAGCUGAACAAAUUGUUUUGAAGUAUGUUCAUGACCACAUUCCCAAUGCACCAUCACUAGCAGCUGCACUCAUAAGGCUACAUUUCCAUGAUUGUUUUGUCAAGGGAUGUGAUGCAUCGGUACUUCUUAACUCAACACAAACCAAUCAAGCUGAAAAGGAUGCUAUUCCAAAUCUUACACUUCGAGGCUAUGAAUUCAUUGACACAAUAAAGAGCCUUGUUGAAAAAGAAUGCCCUGGUGUUGUCUCUUGUGCUGAUAUACUCACUUUGACUGCUAGGGAUUCUAUCCAUGCCAUUGGUGGGCCUUAUUGGAAGGUUCCAACAGGUAGAAGGGAUGGUAUCAUAUCUAAAGCAGCAGAUACUUUUACUAGCCUUCCUGCUCCAUUUCACAACCUCACUGUCCUCCUAACACUCUUUGGCAAUGUUGGACUUGAUGCAAAUGACCUAGUCUUGCUUUCUGGUGCACACACAAUUGGUGUUUCCCAUUGCUCAACAAUUUCAACAAGGCUAUAUAAUUUUACUGGCAAGGGUGAUCAAGACCCAGAUCUAGACAAUGAAUAUGCUAAAAAUUUGAAAACAUUUAAAUGUAAGAAUAUCAAUGAUCAAACCACACUUAUUGAAAUGGACCCUGGAAGUCGUAAUACAUUUGAUCUUGGCUAUUUCAAGCAAGUAGUUAAGAGAAGGGGUUUGUUCCAAUCAGAUGCUGCAUUGCUUAAAAGCUCUACAACAAGAUCUAUUCUUGCACAACAUCUUCAAUCAAAUGAAAAAUUCUUUACUGAAUUUGGAAGGUCCAUGGAAAAAAUGGGCAGAAUUAAUGUCAAGAUUGGGACUGAAGGAGAGAUCAGGAAGCAUUGUGCAUUUAUAAAUUAAUAAUUGAAUAUCUAUGUUUGUCAGUUUUAAAUAAUUAUUUUUGGGGGGUUUGUUAAUGUUGUGGUGUCUUAAUAUUGAUGGAGAUGUGCUAUGAUUUGUUUGUUUUUUAAAUGAUAUGGGAAUAAUUGGUUAAGUGAUUCGAAAGUUUGAUGGGAAAUCAUGUUUUUUUUUUAUUUUUUUUUCAUUCUGGUGACAAUAAGCAGAAUUGAGUGGGCGAGGAAAUUUCUUGUGACACACACAACUCAAUAAAAUAAGGGGAAAAGGUUGUUCUCCUUUCAUAUGUUCAAAAUGUAUUAUUAUUCUUAUGAUUAAAAUAAAUGAUUUUUUAUUUA